UUCUGAACAACCGUGUACCUAUUUGAGUGUUGAGCUUAGUUACUGCGCGCGAGAGUUCUGGCGGUAGAUCGUUUUUUAGAGAAUAUGGAAGAAAUUUUCCUCGCAUUUUGUGAUGCAGCUAAGAAGGGCUCAAAAACAUGCACCGAUAAAACCUUGAAAAAAAUAUGUACCGACUGUCAAAUUUACAACAAAGUUCUUAACGCUAAUUCAGUGGAUAUUGCUUUCCGUAAACACGUGGGAAAUCAGAAACUGGAUGUUGACUUCAGUAGCUUUUUGCGAUUUAUUGAAGGUGCUCUUGGGGAAGCCUAUGCUGCUUCAAAGAAUAUUAGCUUAGAAGCAGCGGUUGCUGAAAUAAAAGAGAAAAUAAUGAAAGGAAACCCAAAAGCACAUGGAGCAACGCAAGUCAGCAGUGAUGCUGCUACCGCACGACUUACUGAUGUCAAAGGCUACACCGGUGCACACAGAGAACGUUUUGAUCUAGAAACUGGGAAGGGUAAAGGAAUCGAAGGAAGAGAAUAUGUCAUGGAUGACAAGGCGGCUGCGGGAUACGUGUCCGGAUACAAAGGAAAGGAUACUUAUGAUAAAACACAUUAAUUAUUUUCAUCAGUUCCUUUUUAUUUUUUACAGUUUAUUUCAAUGAUCCGACCAAGUGGAUUCAACUGGAAAUCAAAUAUAUAUACUAGCUGAAUACCU